AUGCAGGCCAACGGAGCAGGAGGGGGUCAGCAGCAACAGCCGCCGCCGCCGCCGCCGCCGUCGUCGUCGUCACAGGGUCCGGAUCUGGGCUGCCUCAACGCCCAAAACGGCGAGGCCUCGUCGGGAUUGACCACUGGAGAGCAGUUAGCUCACGCCAAUGGGUUGCUGCCGUCGGCCAACAACGGCGACGGUGGCGGCGGACCGAGUGUCAAUAAUGGGGUCUCGGCCCCCGGCGGGUCUGCGCUUGAGAUGGGGGGAGGCAGCGGCGUCGGCAGCAGCGCCCUGAAGAAGAAGAAGCGACUUUCGCAAUCCGACGAGGACGUGAUCCGGCUCAUCGGGCAGCACCUCCACGGUUUGGGACUCAACCAGACUGUUGAUCUUCUCAUGCAAGAGUCAGGAUGUCGUUUAGAACACCCUUCUGCCACCAAAUUCCGCAAUCAUGUCAUGGAAGGAGAAUGGGAUAAGGCUGAGAACGACCUGAAUGAACUGAAGCCAUUGGUGCAUUCUUCUAAUGCAAUUGUGAAGAUGAAGUUUUUGCUGCUGCAACAAAAAUAUCUAGAAUAUCUGGAGGAUGGUAAAGUUUUGGAGGCACUUCAAGUUCUGCGUGGUGAGUUGACACCGCUGAAGUACAACACUGAGCGCAUUCACAUCCUUAGUGGAUAUCUGAUGUGUAGUCAUCCAGAAGACUUACGCACUAAAGCAGAAUGGGAAGGGAAAGGAACAACGUCUAGAUCUAAACUUUUGGACAAGCUCCAAACUUACCUACCCCCAUCAGUGAUGCUCCCCCCAAGGCGUCUGCAGAAUCUGCUACGUCAAGCCGUAGAGCUACAACGGGACCGGUGCCUCUAUCACAAUACUAAACUUGAUAAUAAUCUAGAAUCUGUAUCACUACUCAUAGACCAUGUUUGCAAUAGGAAACAUUUUCCAUGUUAUACUCAGCAGAUACUUACAGAGCACUGUAAUGAAGUAUGGUUCUGUAAAUUCGCCAAUGAUGGCACUAAACUAGCAACAGGAUCCAAGGAUACAACUGUUAUUAUAUGGCAGGUUGACCCUGAUACACAUCAACUAAAAUUGCUCAAGACAUUGGAAGGCCAUGCAUAUGGUGUCUCUUAUAUCGCUUGGAGUCCUGAUGACAACUACCUGGUUGCCUGUGGUCCAGAUGACUGCUCUGAGCUUUGGCUCUGGAAUGUACAAACGGGGGAGCUAAGGACAAAGAUGAGUCAGUCCCAUGAGGAUAGCUUAACCAGUGUGGCCUGGAAUCCAGAUGGAAAACGUUUCGUGACAGGAGGGCAGCGUGGGCAAUUUUACCAGUGUGAUUUAGAUGGUAAUCUCCUAGACUCCUGGGAAGGAGUAAGAGUGCAGUGCCUGUGGUGCUUGAGUGAUGGGAAGACUGUGCUGGCAUCGGACACACACCAGCGAAUUCGGGGUUAUAACUUUGAGGACCUUACAGACAGAAAUAUAGUACAAGAAGACCAUCCAAUUAUGUCUUUUACUAUUUCAAAAAAUGGCCGGCUAGCUUUGUUAAAUGUCGCAACUCAGGGAGUUCAUUUAUGGGAUUUGCAAGACAGAGUUUUAGUGAGAAAGUACCAAGGUGUUACACAAGGGUUUUACACAAUUCAUUCAUGUUUUGGAGGCCAUAAUGAAGACUUCAUCGCUAGUGGCAGUGAAGAUCAUAAAGUAUAUAUUUGGCACAAACGUAGUGAGCUGCCAAUUGCGGAACUGACGGGGCACACACGUACAGUCAACUGCGUGAGCUGGAACCCACAAAUUCCAUCCAUGAUGGCCAGCGCCUCUGAUGAUGGCACUGUUAGAAUAUGGGGACCAUCACCUUUUGUAGACAGCCAGGAUAUUGAAGAGGAAUGCAGUAGCAUGGAUAGUUGAUGGUGAAUUUGGAGCAGACGACUUCUGUUUAACUUAAAUUUAGUCGUAUUUUAAAUGGCUUGGGAUUUGGUGCAAACAAACAUGAUUGAUAGCUGGACAGACAUGCUCAUCAUGAAAAUGAACCAUUUUUUAAGCCCGACUGGGGCCAAACAUUUUACCACCUUGCUUCAUAGUAAACAGUUGAGAUGAAGCACGUCGUUAGAACGUUGUUGGACACCAUGUUGAAGUAACCCCCCAUCGGUUGUGAAGAACUGUGCUACAUUCAGGCUAACCAUUGAACUCCGUAUAUACAUUUUCCCCUUCUGCCAUUUUGUCAGGCAGACUACUGUUCUUGUUGCUCUUCUGUGUAAUGAAGUUUAAAAUGCUUGUUUGGAAAACCUUUUAUUUAACAGUUUAGAAAGCUUGAUAGAAAGAGUGCUUUAGUCUGAAGAGUACAUGUUGGAUAGGAAAGUAUUUCCUUCUCUUGUUUCUCUGAGUCUGCCUUAUUUAGCUCGAGAUCUUUGCAGCUUGGUUCAUGGAUUCUAGCCUUGCCCGUUGCGCAGUAUAUCCAAAUCCAGAUGUAAAACCAGUGAAUGACAUGAAAAGCACUCUCAGUAUCACACUUGACAAAAGGUUUUGUACUUUUCACGUAGCUCGUAACCCUAUAAAUGGGUGAACAGCACAAAUUUUUUUAAGAAUAAAUUAUUUAUAGCAUUAAAAUGACUUUGAUUUGUAUACGUUUGGAAAAUAAACCAGCUUAAAAAGUGUCAUCUACACGUUAACGCAGUAUAAUUGGUGCUCCUCUUGAGUGUUGUGUAAGACCAUUUGGCUAGAAGGAGUUUUACACAGAUUAUAUAAAGUAUUAUUUAAAAAAAAGCCUUUGUUUACCAACAAAAUAAUUUGAAAGGUUUCAGAAUCACCAAUAAAACUAUUACAAUGUAAUUUCUGAAGUUAAUAAAAUGAAAAUUCCAGAUUGGCUAAAAGUUGUG